UUGACCGUCAUGGACGACUACCAGUUCGGCAGCUACCCGUUGGGAGAGGCCACGGUGCCACUUUCGCUCCUCACGCCCAACCAGAUGUGCUGGCUCAAUGUGGCCCUAGACAAGUGCCUGGACCGGGACGCCCUUUGCGCAGACCGGCCCCGCGUCCUGGUCUCGCUGAUGCACUGCAGGCGGCGCCGGGAACUCCACGUGGGCCUGCUCCGCUGCGUGCGGCUGCGACACGCCGCCGCCGGCACGGGGCCCUUUGUGCGCAUAACUCUGAAGCCAGACGCGAGCCAGCCUAGUUGUGAAACGAGCACCGUGAAAAAGAUGCUCAGCCCUCAAUCAAAUGAUGAGUUUGCGUUCGAGCUGAAAGAGAACGACAACCUCGAAAAGAAGUUCCUCCAGAUUUCGGUCUGGGACAAAGACCAAGGGAGGGUUGAUGAGUACCUAGGUGGUCUGGAAUUAGGCUUGCACUGCAAGGCGGCGCAGCUCCAGCACUGGCUGGACGUCAUCAGGGUUCCCGAGCAAAGCUUCGAGUGCUGGCACGCCUUAGUUCCAGUGCCGCUGCUUCCAUGAACUUAGCCUGACCUGCAUUCACGUAUUGGCUUUCGCCGUGAACUGUUUGACGCCCGAGACGCAGCUACGUCAUGUCGUGGUCUCCUCGUCAUGCUGCGGCGCAAGGAGUUUCCGGAACGUGUGUACCGCUCACGAAUAACGCAUUUGCUGUCGAAUGCCGGUGUUUGAUCGAGAGGGCUGUCCCUUAAACAUGGCGCUACUGUGCGAAUGAAGUCAUGUGAAGUGUUACUGCUGCAUGCUACUUGGUACAGAUGGAAGAGCUGGCUUUUUGUACAUAUGAACCGUCAGCUCUCCAACAGUGUUGAGCGUUGUUGUCCAGUGUAUGGUCAACCCAAAACCCUAUACUCUCCACAUAUGUGGGGUAAUUUUUUACGUAUAUGCCUGCGGGUGUUUUUUAGUUCAUUCCUCUCUUCGUGCCUUUAUGUCUACUCACGCUCACGAGGCAUCUUCUGCGCCGAUGGAUUUUCCACAAGUGACGUUACAGAUCAAAUUUGUAUCUCGCGGGUGCGGUCACGAUCGUAUAACUGUCCCUGAGAAAACAAGGUACAGACGGUGCACCAGGCGGCGGUGGAUGUCGCGAAGCCAGUGAUGAAAUAUUUCGUUGCAGUGAAUGGUAACACUGUCAUUAUGGUGCCUCUCAUUUCUUUCAAAACAUACUUUCUCACGUCUAAAUUAUUAUCAAUGCGAUCGAGCUGUUCAUUCUUCGCGUUUCUCAAAGUUCGACAAGUAUGAUGACUAGGCUUUCACGAACGUGAUGCUAGCGAGUUUUAAAACAGCGUACCCAAAAGCAUUGCGUACGCAAAUAAACAGUGUCGUCACCUCUUUUGCGCAUGCGCCGAGUCCAAACCACGUUUUGGAUUGGCAUGUGGCGACGACGUUAUUUCUUUUUGUGUGCGCAAAGAUUUUUGGGCGCGCUAUUCUAAAACUCGCUACUAUACAGAAUCAAUCACGCGCACACAGUCCUAGUUUCUACUGUUCUACCGUAUCAUAGUCGAACCCUUUCUGUUCAAUGUACGACUGUCGUUUUUCACGCAUACGCGCAGGUAAUGUCGUCUGACCGCGCGAGACAUGUGUGGCAAGCGAGUUCUAAAAAAAGUCAACAGCAAAAACGUAGCACUUUGAUAGCCCGCGUCAGAUAGGGUCACUGACAGAAACGCAGGGUGUGGCGUGCUACGUUUACGCUUCUCGUUUCGGGAUUGCUCCUUGGGCGUUCUUAUCGGCCAAUGCCGCGCUCUGAUUGGCUGCCUAGCGAUAAUGCGAUGCAGGGGACUCGCCACGCCUUGCGCUUCUUAAGCAGCCAGUGACUAUGUGGCGUGCUGCAAUGUUCUUCCAUGGACUGCGUGGGGUACGCGUCAAUGGUUGCAAUGGCGUUCUUCACGUUUCUCGUACAAAGAAGCAAAUCACAGGGGAUUUACGUCAAUCCUUUUCCAUAGCUCGGCCUUUACGAUGUCAAAUAUAAACUUUGAGGACGCUGUGUUUAACAAAUCAUGACAUCCCAGUAUAGCUAGCUUUCCCGAACGAGAGUGUAACUCCAAUUGUGGCUUUGCUCACUUGAGUGCUUGUUGAUCAAUCGCGAGCAUGACUUCAUUAAUUUACGUCGCUUUAAUGUACGUGAUACCGUUGCCAGUAAAUCGUGUUAGUUGUCUCCACCGCUCAAGUCUAUCCCGUCUGGCGUGGUAGCAAACAAUCAGUCCGAACGAUACCAGAAGAUUGGAGUGAGCAGGAAUUCAGACGUUACAACCCUAAAUGAGGGAGAAUGCCAGAACUUGUCUGAGCGCGUCUAUGAAACAAUGUUGCUGCUGUUUCUUUUUCAGAGAGGUUUUGGUACCUAUUUAAAGAGGGUGCUGGUGCGCAGAAGGAUUUUUGAUUUGUGAUACAAUCAAAAAUCGUCAACAAAGUGUCGUGCAAAUCGAAUUUUUUAAUGGCGAGGUUAAGACACUCAUAUCUGCCGUCACUACUGUCAAGAUCGCCGUACUGUUUACAAUUUUACUCUUUGCCAACAAGUCGUAUACAAAGUAAAGUUAUACGUGUGCCAAUGUUUGGUAUUUUAAAAUUGUUCAGGGUUGAAUAUUUCUGUACCACCAAAACGUAACCAGUUCCUGUCGAAUAAAUGACGUGGUAUAUGCCA